AUGCUUUGCUGCUGGGGUCUCAGGCUGAGCAAAUCCCGUCGCGAUGGUGUCCCCGAUGUGGGGAAGUUGCUUUAUGGCAAGCGAAAGAAUGCCAUUCACACAGCAAGCAAGGCGAAACCGUCUGUGGUGGGGAUGCUGAUGCAAGCGCCCGAGUCGGAAUUGCGCCAGGCGGCUUGGCGAGCCGCAAAGGUGAAGGAACUCAACCAGUCAACUCUCUCGGAGGUGCUAAAAAAAUAUCGCGCCGUCAAUCGCCUUGACCGCUCAGAGGUGGUGGUUGCGGUGGCCGACGAGGUUCAUCUAGGGCUGACAUCUUCACAGUACUGCACCUUGAUAGCGCAUGCCAACGACAACAAGGACUACCAGGCUGCCAUGCGCUACUGGGAACGUGCAUGCAGUGAAAAGAAGGCCAACGAAAAGGUACACGGAGCUCUUCUCGCCGCGUACCGUGGCGCGAGUCGUUGGAAGGACGCUGUGCGGCACUACAAUUCUAUGCUCGAAGAUAAUAUGCCAUUUGAUCCAUAUGCGCUUCAUACCGUUAUGAAUGCUUGUCGAAGGGGAGACGCUUGCGAUGUGGCAAUCUCAACCUUCUACAAGGCGGUUAGCUCAGGGGGUUCUCCCAACAGUGCCGUGUACCUCGAGCUUCUGCGCUGCAUGCAGCAGUUGCGGCAGCCUAGCCAGUGGAAAAUGAGCCUCGACGUCCUUCGUUCCAUUGAGGGAAAAGUGGAUCUAACCGCCGGUCACUUCAACGCCGCGAUGGCGACGAUGGGCGGGGCUCUCUGGACCAAAGGUGUGGAGUUGUUUCAGACGAUGAAGGCGAAAAAUGUGCAGCCUAGCAAGGAGACAUUGUCAACGUUGGUUUCGCUCAAUCCGAACAACCUCACUCACACAGUGCAGUGCGUCGCCGAGGCUCACACGCUUGGGAUGCCGGUAACCGACGCCAUGUACCGUGCGGUUCUUGCAAACUUGUUUCGCAUGAAACUUGAUCACGAGGCGGUGCGGUUUGUCGAGCGGGAGUUUGCUAGGUGCAGCGAGGACGUCGGCAACCCUGUGAAUGCGCCGCUCUCACUAAGCCUUGCCAUCAUUGACAGUCUUUUGGCGCACAACAAACCUCAGCAGGCACUGUUGUUUUUCUUCACAUUUGAGACGAGGUUAGGCAACGUGGUGGGAGCUGCCACUCGUGGGCUUGGCACGGUUGGGCUCCGCUCACAACGGUGGAUUGUUCAGGGGCGCGUGGCUGUCGUCGACCACAACGUCCUUCUUAACCCACGCUGUGAAUCUCUUCUUUCCCACUACGACUCCAUACUUGUGCCAUUUUCGUCGAUCCGGCUGCUUGUGCGUCGGGUGCGGGAGUUAGUCGGCACGGUGAAGGGGCGCUACACGAAGCUGAGGCUGAAUUGGCUGCAGAAGCUCACGGCGGACCCGACAACCCCGCUGCGUGUCUUGCCGAUUGCGCACCAACUCACCGCCCACACGUACAUCCUCGAUGGACCCGUCACCUCCGAGUCGUUCGAGUGUUUGCGCGAGACGGCACAGGAAGAGAAGGCCGAGGCGGCGCAACAAGAAGGGAGCCGCACAGCGCCGCUGUUAAUUCGCAAAAGGGAUACGCUCUUCUCUGCCACUGAUUCUCUGACUCCGUUUCCUGGAGGGGAGCUCAAGGAAGGGGUCGUUGGGAAGCCAGCUGAGUCCACCCUCGCCAGCGGCAGGGGUGAUAGUAGUCCGUUCGUUCUGAACAAUCCAGACCGCAUGAGCGCCCCGGAGCGUGUGCUUGCCGUGGCGGUGAUGCUCAAGGCACUAAACCCUGAUGCUAGCGUGCAUGUUCUCUCACCAAACCCCGUGCAGCUGCAGGUGGUGGAGAAGUGGAACCAAACGCAUUCCCUCACACCCUUGACGAUGGUUCGCUACCCUGAGGAGGUGGCUGCAAAGGCACCUGCCGAACAGCAGCAGCUGCCGAUUGACCCAUGUAAGACGACUGCGCCCGGAGAAGAAACUGCAGACUCUGUUCGAACGCUGCGGCAGGAACGAAGGCCGCUCUUUGUCCCUUCGUGA